AGUGUCCAUCCGUCCAGCCGACAUCGCCGCGGCGGCGCGGGCCGAGCCGGGGACGGCGGGGUCGCCGCGGGGCGGGGCGGCGUGGUGACUCAGCCGCCCGGGCCGAGGCUGCAGAGCCGGUCCGACCGGCCGCCGCGAGCGCGCCGGGGCGGCUGGGGUGCCGGGAAGGGAGGCCGAGCCGGCGACAGAGCGUGGCCCGGGCGGGAAGUGGGCACGGGCGGCUCCGCAGCAGGCGGCGGCGACGAGGAUGGGAGCCGGGCGCCCCUGCUGCCCGCAGCGUCUGGAGCCCCGCUGACGCCGGCCUCGGCGACCCGCGCGGGAGCGACAUGUGUCUGCGCCUGGGUGGCUUGAGUGUGGGUGACUUCCGGAAGGUGCUAAUGAAGACGGGCCUGGUGCUGGUGGUGCUGGGUCAUGUCAGCUUCAUCAUCGCCGCUGUGCUGCAUGGCACCGUGCUGCGCUAUGUCGCUGCCCCCCGCGAUGCUGUGGCUCUGCAGUACUGCGUGGUCAACAUCCUCUCUGUCACUUCCGCCAUUGUGGGAGAUACAUCACAGCAUGGGGUCAGAGCUGACUUGAGCCUCCCCCACCCCCAGGUCAUUGCCUCGGGCAUCGCAGCCAUCGUGUUGUCACGCUACCUCCCCAGCAGCCCCCUGCGCUGGACAGUGUUUAGCUCAAGCGUGGCCUGUGCUCUUCUCUCUUUGACCUGUGCCCUUGGCCUCUUGGCCUCGAUCGCUGUGACCUUUGCCACCCAGGGCCAGGCACUGCUGGCUACCUGCACUUUUGGGAGCCCUGAACUACUGGCACUCGCACCCGACUGUCCCUUCGACCCCACCCGAAUUUACAGCUCUAGCCUGUGCCUCUGGGGCAUCUCACUGGUGCUCUGUGUAGCAGAGACUGUGUUUGCUGUGCGCUGCACCCAGCUGGCCCACCAGUUGCUGGAACUGAGGCCCUGGUGGGGGAAAAGCAUCCACCACAUGAGCCUUGAGCCCAUGGAGGGCCACGACCUGCUGAGCUGCACCAGCUCUGUGCCCCUGACCCUCUGAGAGCCGAUGCCUCGCUGGAGUCCCACGGCCACUGGGGGCCUGCAACCAAGCCUGAGCUGUGGCCAGUGCCCAGAUGGCCAUCAAGGCCCAGAGGGCUCCAGGAUUCCCAGAGCCCACCCUUGGGGACGACGGAGAGGGCUUCCACCUCCUGCCCUGGCCAUCCAACCCAUUGCACUGAAACGAGACUUUAUUCUGAAGUUAUUAAAAAGAACAGAGAUGCUC